AUGGACAACUGCUCGACGGUGCAGACUUACGCGCCAGAGUCUGUCGACCUUUUCUCGGUCCGUGCCGUCUUCUCCUGUCUCUACUGCCUGGUCUGGAUCGCCGGCGUCGUCGGCAACACCUUGGUCCUCUACGUCCUCACUUUUAAUCAGGUAUAGGAUUUUUCCAGCGUCCUCAAUGUAAUACAAGAUAUAAAACAUGGGUCAACUGAAAAUUUGGACAGUUGAAAAAUCCACGUUUUUGGCAAAAUUUUAAGUGAGCUUGAACUGCUUGAAGCUCCGCAGAAGCUCUGAGUUCCCAAAAAAAAAAUUCAUACACUUUUGGUAGGCAUUGCGGCCAAUGCGCACCCUCACGCGCAAUUUUUAAAACGCUUGAAAGAAUAAUAGUGCAUUUUUGGAACUUUUUUGAAUAGAUGUGGUUCAAAGUUUCAUAAAAUAUUUCACUUUCCUAUAAAGUUGUUGAAAACAGUGUACACUCUGGAUCGGUUUACGGCCAAUGCGCACGCCCACGCGCAUUUUUCAAAGUAUGAAGAAAAAACCAGAAAAAUCGCAUUACAGACGAAAUUUUCAAAUAUGGCUUGAUUAGAUAAUUAUCUGAAUAAAGUCUCAGAAAACCCCUCGGUUGCUGAGAAACCUAUUCCCAAAGUUUAAAAAAUCAUAUACUUGAGAUCGGCUUACGGCCAAUGCGCACGCCCACGCGCAUUUUUCAAAGUAUGAAGAAAAAACCAGAAAAAUCGCAUUACAGACGAAAUUUUCAAAUAUGGCUUGAUUAGAUAAUUAUCUGAAUAAAGUCUCAGAAAACCCCUCGGUUGCUGAGAAACCUAUUCCCAAAGUUUAAAAAAUCAUAUACUUGAGAUCGGCUUACGGCCAAUGCGCACGCUCACGCGCAAUUUUUAAAUGAUAGUCAGGAAAAAAAUAUUCCUUUUCUUUGAGAAGCGAGUGAUGAAUUUCACUAUUAACUUAGGCCAAGAAAUACCAAAGAUACAUCUGAAACAUUCAUUUAAUUAUAUUAAAAGCCUUUUUAAAAACAUUUUUUUACUUGAGCCAAUGCUAAAUAAUUCCGUUUCUGAAUUGAAAAAGUGUAGAAAUUUGAAGAAAAGAAGACAGAGGCUAAAAUGUUUUUAUAAAAAUGAACUAUAGCAAUUGACUCCUAACUACAAACUUCAGUCACAAAAUUCCGAAAAAAGCUUCUCAAAGAAAGAGUUUUUCCUUCAAGUGCGUGUGAACUAUGAACCUCUCUUGAAGUAUCGAAGAACUUUCCUAGUUGAUCUUCAAUUUUUCCAUCGUAUAUCUGUGAACUUCUCUUAUUUAUCAUCUCAACAACAACUUUUUAAUUAGUCCAUUGCAGCUGAAAAAUUUUCCAUUUUCCUCCCACGCGGUUUUUUUUUCCGCUUCGAAAGUGAUUAUCGACCGAAUUUUGUUGUCUGGUGAUUUCGGGAAGGUGAAAAAAAAAUAAAGUUUUGGCAUUUGGAAGGGGUGAAAAUGCGUUUUGAAAAGGGAAAACUCAGACGAAAAAAAAAAUUUGAAAAAAUUUUAAUCUAGCUUUUCAUGCUCCACCUGACCUCAGUCGUUCAAAAAUUUAGAUUUUGAGACUCACCGAGCAAGUUUUUUUGAAAUUUAUAUUUUUUUAAAAACUUUUUUUGGCUCGAAUUUUUUUAUAAAACAAGAAAAAUGCCAUUGAAAUUUUUAAAAAAACAAUAAUUCUUCAUCUGAGAAAUGAAAAAAAUAAGGAAACCAGCAAAAAAAUUUCCAUUAUUUUAGCACUUUUUGGUCGAUUUUUUUGCCGUAGAUUUUCAUCUAGUAAUCAUUUUUUUCUCCAGAAAUAUAUUUAUAUACUAUUUUUCGGUUUUUCGACCAAAAAUAUCGUACACUUUCUGAUAAAAAGGUCUUGAAGCGAAGGCGCAAAUGUGCGGGUCUCGAAACGAAGCCUCCAAAAAAAGCUCAGUAUACUGUAGUUUUUUUCAACAUACUUAUAGAAAAAAAGUGACACUAAAAUCAUCUUCUUUUUUCUGUAGGUCUCCCUCUCGGUGCGAACGGUUUUCGUGGGAUGCCUGGCCGCCUCGGACCUCCUCAUGUGUUUCUUCUCGUUGCCCGUCACCGCCGUGUCCAUUUUUGCCCGAAUAUGGAUCUUCCCGCCGAUAUUCUGCAAGCUCAUCGGCGUCUUUCAGGUUCCUCCCCAAUCCCUCAACUUUUUGCACUCUUUCUCUGCGACAAACAGUAUUAGCCCUUUUUUUGCUGGGCAAGAAGGAAGUUUUCUGGGAUGAGUAAGAGAGAGAAAUUCGCUUCCUUUCUUGUAUCUUUUUGGCUGAGUUGGUCUACAAGGAGCUUCUGAAAGAAAAAAAAUAAAACAUUUUACAACUGAAAAAAAUUUUUUUCCCAGAAUUCUCCAAAAAAGGUUCUUUCAAAAAGCGGGCAGAAAAAUUCAAGGAAUUAAGCCAAAAAUGGUGUUUUCAAAUUAGAAGAAAAAAAAAAGCUUGGAAGAAGAUUUUUGCAUUCUUUCUCUCUGGCUGAGAUGGUCCGAAACGAAAAAAAUCUCGGAAAAAAAGGUCUUUUCUGAAUGAUUUUUUGAAGAUGGAGGUCAGAAAAAUCGAAGAAAAGUUGCCGGAAAAAGUCAGUGAUUCAAAAAAAAAUAAAAUGAAUUUCGAGAAAGAGCCAUUUUUUUCGUAAAUAUUAGCUUGGAAGGAAGUUUCAAAGGUUCUUAAGAAAAAAGACUUUCGUAACCGUUUUUAGCACUUUUUUUUUUUUUGGAAAACACCUCUCAAGAGAGUAGCAAAUGUUUAAAAAAAUGACCAAGAAAGUCCAAAAAAAAAAUUGAACGAUAAAGUAUCUUCCUUUUCGAGAAUAGUACCUUGGAAGAAGCUUCUCGCGUCUUUAAUGAUUUUUUUUUUCCAGAACGUUUUUUUCAUUUAUUAUGGUUCAGUCCAUUCUUUGGGUUUGGAAUCUGAAAAAUUUUGAAGUCUAGAAGAGUACCUUUUCAUAAUAAAAAAAUAAAAAAACAUAAAUUUUUCAUGUGAAACUUCGUUGAACCGUUUCAAAACCAACCAUUAUUUUUAUAGGAAGACUUUUUUUCUAUCCCAUAACUACAUAAUAUUCUGCGUUUCUCGGGUGUCAUCAAGAAACCAAAAAGUUAAUUAAAAUCGCGAUGGGAAUUUUGGGCCGACUCGUCAUGUGGCGAAACAUGAGAUGAAGAGAGCAUCGUGUUGCUUUUGCCUUCAUUAUUAUUUUCGCUUCAUAUUUUUGUUCAGUUCAGGUCAAAAAGUUGUCAUGGGGGUGGAGAAAAAACGAAAAAAGGAGGAUUUUUUUUUCCGAAUUUUUAUGAGUUUGAUGUCUGCUUUGAGCCUAGUUAACUGAUAAAAAAAAAAUGAAAAAAUCACUUUUCAAAAUUUUGGUUUUAUUUUCUUUGGUUCCUGCAGUCCUAACAUGAUAACGUGAAAAGUGAGGUUUUUCCGAAUUUUCCCAGCUUUCCGUUGCAUUUUCCAGGUGUCAACCUUGUCAGGUAUCUAAUUUCUUUCUAAAUAUCACUUUCUGAAAAGCAAAAAAACGAAAUCCAAACCUCUCAUGUAGAAAAAAUAGCUCAAGCGGAACAACCAGUUGAUUUUUUUCUUUAGAGGUAGCUGGAACGGGGGAUAAAUUAUUAUAUUUUAUGUUUUUAAUGGUUUAUUAACGAACAUGCGAUGUAAAAUAUUUAAUCAGGAGAAAAAUAUUCUUGAGAUAUGGGUGGCUAGAAGAUGAUAUGAAAAAAGGAACGGAGGAUCCGGGAAAUUCAAAAUGUGAAGGAUCCUUGGGUCAAAAAGAAAAAAAAUUGGAUUCCCGAACAAAAUCAGCCUGGAGAAUGAAAAAAUUGAGAAAAAUUGACACGAAAAAAUAGAAAUUUAGACGGAGAAUCUUUCAGGGCGGAAGCAUUUUCGUGUCCUCCUUCACCUUGACGGUCAUCGCCUUGGAUCGUUGCAUCUUGAUUCUGAAACCUAAUCGAGAGGUAAUCAAUGGUGAUUGUUUUGAAAAAAAAAAAGAACAUUUCUAAAAGUUUGAGUGGAACUUGAGCUGUGAAACUUUGAAAAUAGACAAAUAAAAUUACGGAAAAUUUCAUAAUCCGGAGAAAUCUGGGUACUAUGAAGCUAUACGAUUUGAAAAAAAAAAAUUUUUUUUAAUUUAUUAGUCUUUCGAAACUCAAAAUUAUCAAGAAGUUUCAGUUUUUUUGCCUUCCAUGCAGGUUUUUUAACUUUAGGAAGCCUUGAAAUCAAAAACUUAAAAAAAAUUAGAUUCAUUAGUCUUCUGGAGCUCAAAAUUAUCGAAAAUGACGUUUUUUUAAGUCUUCUACGUGCAAAUUUUUGAACUAUAGGAAAUCUUGGAAUCGAAAUAGAAAAAAGAAAUUAUUUAGCUUUUUUAUGAGAAGUUUUUUGACCUUUUUUCAAAUUUCGAGCAGAAAGGGAGCAUUUUACCUCAAAAAUAUUUAUAAUUAAAGUCCACCGAAGCUUUGCCACAUUUUUUAAACCGACUGUUCGAGCUGAAAAUUCGAUAAAGGCUAUAAUUUUCAGGUAGUUAACUUUCAAAGAGCAACGUCGGCGGUGGUGGCAAUUUGGGUUCUAGGAUACUCGUUGGCCCUGCCCGUGGGCAUCUACAGCGGCAUCGUCAGCUACGACGGCAUCUGCGGGUCGUUCUGUGAGGAACAGUGGUGAGAUAAUUUUUCAAGGGGUCUGCAAGAUGGGCCAAGUUCCGCGCAUUUUUGGAUUUCCAUGCUCCGCAAAAAAGUAUUUUUCCGCGUUUUUCAGCAUGUUUUUUCAAAGAUGUACUUUGAAUUUAUUUUUUCAAUGGUUUACAGUCCAAUCAUCUCUUUUCACCCGCUGACAGUAGAAUUAUAUCACUUGAAAAAGAAAAAUACAUAAAUUUCACUUUUACAGUCAAAAAAAAAUGGGCUUACUUUUGUACUGAAGAAAUUAAGAAAUUCAUUAUUGCUCUGAAAAAGAAUUUUCAGUUAGAAAACCAUUUAUUGAUCAAUUUAUUGAUAAUUUCUGUGGUAGAGGCAAAAUACGGUAUGUAAAGACUGAUAGAAUUAAUUGAAAGCUUUUCUGAAAAAAAAGCCAAAAUUCCAGAAAAUUAUUCUUUUAGAGGACCUUUUCUUGAAUUUUUAAAUAUUGAUAAAUUCCUGAAUCGAACUUCGAAAUUCUAGCCUUGAUUUGAGAACACUUGGGUGUUAAAUUGAACGGUUUCGCUGUCCUUUCAAAAAAAAGAAUGUAAUUUCAAGCUUCUUUUUAUUGUCUACGUGUAUUUUUUUUUUAGUAGAAUGAAGCUUAGCCAAACUUUUUGCAGGCCAGACUACUCGGAAGAGCUGGGAAAAUCGGACAUUCGCCGGUUUUACGGUCUCUCUGUACUUCUUCUCCAGUUUGGCAUCCCGGCUGUUAUCUCCUCCAUUUGUUAUUACAUGAUCAGCAGGGUUUACCUUAUAACUUAAUUUAGAAUUUAAUAUUGAGAGAUUUCAGGUGAUGUCGAACCAGUUGGAACGACGGCGAGGCCACAAACUUCGGCCAGAGUCCGAGGAAAAGUUGGUGAGCCGAAAAACUCGGGCCAACCGGAUGAUGAUCGUCAUGGUCCUGGGAUUUAUCGUGGCCUGGAUGCCUUUGAACGCGAUCAAUCUUUAUCGGGACCUGACCAAUUUUACGCAGACUCAGUGGUACUCGACGGUGAGUUUUUUUCAGAGAAAGACAAAAAAUAGCACUUUAGUAGAGAAUCAUCGAAGUUCUGUCGAUAGCAUAGUUAUUCAGAAAGCCUAGUAGUGUUUUUGAAGGAAAAUAAAGAAGUUUCGAAAUGGAAGAUGAAAGAAAAGUUAAGUAUUCUAAAUCAAGCCUGAAAAUGUUUGAGAAGACUGGUCGGUGAGUUUUUGAGAAAAGAAAAUGAAAAAAAAAAUGUCCCCUUUUCUGAAAAAUAUGGUCCUGAGCUCAUUUUCGAAGGCAUAGAACUGAAUCCUGAAACAUAAAUUUUUAUAUUUCAGAUCUUUUUAAAAAGCCUAAAAGUUAGCAAUUCCACUUGACAAUAUCCAAAAAUCUUAAUUUAAGGUAAAUUAUACAACUUUGUACCUAGACACCUCGUGACCGGUUUACACAAAGUCCCUCACCGUAAUCUUAGUUCCAACAAGCUCCCAAAAUCUUACAGUUUUAUCCUAGUCAGAAGCCCGUAUGAAAGAGAAUUUUAUCCGACUCAAAAGGACAAAAAUUUUUGUCCAUAGAGCAAGUUUGCUGCAAAAGAAGAAGGAACGUAUCUCAACUGUUUUCUCCAAAAGUAGGAAUUUUCGUAAACUUUUGAGUAUUUUUAGAACGUAGUGGAAAACUCUACAAUAUGGCAUUAUCAUCUCAGAACUCAUGGAUGAAAUUCUUUCAAGCCGUGUGUCAGUUUAUUACUUUUCCCGAAUCAAUAGCCCAAUGACCCAAAAAGAGCGUCAAAAGGAAUGAAUACGUUUCCAGAAUGGGUUUAAAAAAAGAAGAAUUCUCUCUCAUCAAUUUUAUCAAGGUGCUGUUAGUGUUCCACGCGAGCUUGUCACGUUCUAGAUUAAAAAUGAGAUGAAUUACAGUAUACAGAGCUUUUUUUCGUGCUUCGCUUUGAGACCUGCGAUCUGUAGAUGUAUGAUAUUUCCUUUUUACAUGACUUUUUUUUACUACAAGAUUGUAACAUACUUGGAAUAACCUCGGUUCGGCCGCAAACUGGGAGGGGGACUUGACAAAAAAAAAAGUUUUUUUAGGUGUGCGAACUGAGAUAUUUCAUGAAAUGCACUAUAAAAAAAAAUUUUUUCAUCGCAUCGAAAAAUUGUUGUGAUUUUCGGAUUUUAAUUAGUUCUCUCUUUCGAGAUUUUUGGGAAAGGGGGGAUUCAAAAAGGAUCUUCCGAGGCUGGGGAAAUAGUGCAAAAAGCAUUUUCCCAUUUUCGGAUCCUUCUGAAGGAAUUUUUCAGUCAAACCUAUGAAAAAUCAAGAGAAUUGUCAAGCUUCAACCGUUAACACAUCGAAAAACCCUUCCCAAACUUUGAAAAAUUCAAAAAAUGGCCUCAUAUUCCAAUCGAGCCUUAUUUUUGCAGGUUUUUGGCCUGGCACACGUUUGCGCCAUGUGCUCUGCCGUUCUGAAUCCGAUCAUUUAUUCGUGGUUCAAUCCGCAGUUCCGCACCUCCAUCACGGCGUUGUUCAGCCGAACUCUGUCGACCAACAAGAACAAAAUGGUCGCCUACCCUUCCAACUUCACCGAGGUAAUUGAAAGAGGAAAUUGCAUAAUUAUCAAAAGGGGAAAGGGUAAAUGUGAUGCGGAAAUUGCCUGGGUAAUUCUAAUGUAAAAAAAUGUUUCAAAUGUGGAGAAGGGGUAUUGAAAAAGGAACUUGGAGGGAUAAAUAAUUUUUUUGAUCAACUGCGAUUUAAAAAAAUUUUUUUCAGUAAUACAAUGAAAAAAAUAUUGGGAAGAUCCAAAAAAAGAUUUCACAUUUUGAGGUUUUUUUCGCGUUAGAGCGCACUUGGGGACAUGAAUUUGGCUUUUUUGCAGCUUUUCAAAAUAAAUAGCGGGUCAAAAAGCGACAGCUGUGAAGAUAAAUUACACAUAGAUUCCCAUUCUGAUAGAAAAUCGACCUUAAAAAUUGAAAUUUUUCUUGAAAAUCCGUCAUUUUUCUUACUUCUUCUACGAAACUUUUCGAUUUUUUCAAAUAAUUGGUCGAAAAACUUUAGCCUUCACAAGAAAAAUUGAGAUUCUCUGAAGAAAACAUAGCGAAAAUCAGGUUAAAAAUAAGUAUCAUUUUUUUCAGAUCGCCCCACUGACGCAAGAAAAAACGCGGCCCUUCCAGACAGGUACUAAUUCUACACUCGUUCUCAACCAAAACUCCCCAAGCCCCGCCCAAAACCCCUCAAGCGACACCUUGGACGACUAUCAAGCUGGUGAUCAGCUCCUGUAA